AUUGAGAUAGCAGUGUGAAUUAUGUUUUGUUGUGAUAGUUAUCCUAAAAAUAAUAUAGCUGGACAAUUAAUUUAAGGCCUGAUUUUUAGCUCGGCAUUUUCGGAGAAACCCCGAGUUAUUGUCAUAGCCAGCUCGUCGUCCGCCGUCCGCUUCGUUCUAAAACCUUUACAUUGGCUCUAAAAUCAAAGUGCUUCAACCUACAACUUUGAAACUAAAUAUGUAGAUGCACCUUGAUGAGUUCUACAUGCCACACCCAUUUUGGGGUCAAAGGUCAAGGUCACUGUGACCUCUUAAAAAAAUAAAAAAUUCUGACAAGCUUUCAUUUAUUAAAAACUGCACCCGUAGCCGAGCGUGGCAACCGUUAUGCGGUGCAGUUGUUCUUUUUCAUAUACUGGUCAAUAAUAUUGACUAAUUUAUGCUUUCCUACAGGAUUUCUACAUGUUCUGUGGGUGUUUUCCUGCGUUGGCAUUUUGAUAUGCCAGCUGUAUUAUAUUAAGGUUGCUAUUACUUGUAAUUAAGAGAUAAUAGAAGAUAAAACAAGAUAUGUUCCAAAUAUGUAGAGGGAAUCAUACUUUUUAUGUCAUGUGUUGUUUUGCCUAUGAACUUUAGAAGCAUUAUAAAGUCUUAAGAGAUAUGAAGGUGAAGAAUAUUGCUUUUUGUAUUCAUUUUGUUUUUAAAAGCUUCUUGUUUAAAAAGAAAGCUCUUUUUACAUUUUGAAGAGCAUAACCAUUAAAGGGAGGUUUUUAAUGCUCUGGUGUAAUUCUCUACUGGUGAAAAAUAAGCCAUAUUAUUGUUUGUUUUUGUUUCAUUUGUUCCCUGAGUAGAUAAGUAAGCAAGUUGUAGAGAAAGAACGGUUGCAUUGUCUUACAUUAGACCGUGCUCUGUGAAAAGGGGGUUAAAAGCAUGUGUGUAAAGUGUCGUCCCAGAUUAGCACAGGCUUAUCAGGGAGUUCACUUUCCGCCCAUACUCGAUUUUUACUUAGAAGAGACUUUCUGUAAACGAAAAAUACCAUAAAAGCCUAAAAUGUCCCUGAUUAGCCUGUGUGGACUGGAAAGGCUCAUCUAGGACGACACUUAAACCACAUGCAUUAAAUCCCCUUUUCACAAGGCACGGCUCAUAUGAUAUUCAAUCACAAGCCGAAGUCUAAAUUGAAUGCUGAUUUCACAAACCUUGUCAAGUUAAGAUGUGAUUAUACGGGAUAUGUGAGGUGUGUCAUUUCUCCGUUGUUGUUUUUUGCUGAUAUAUGUACAAUUUUCCACAAACCGAGACUAAUUCAACGCCAUUUUCUUUCUAGCGCCGGAUGGCUGAGCAGUCUUCAAUAUAACCCGGCUAGAUAUAUAAAAUCAACAUACUUUUUAUAAUGGGCAUGGUCUAAAAUAUGUUCUCUUUGAUAAGUAAACCUCACAAUAUCAUAAAGCUAAACUUGUUAAAAAUUUCUUGUUGUGUGCUUGAAUCAAAGCAAUUGGUAGCUUUGUCAAUUUUUCUUUAUUUGAACAAAAAAAUUUCAUAUAUUUCCUUAAAACAUAUUCCCAAUUGUGUAAGAGUGUGGUUAAUUUAACAAUUUAGUUGAAUUUAUAUCUAAAAAAAUAUAUAAAACACAAAAAGGAUGUGUUCUGCAUGGGUGUGUAUAAAGAGCUGUUGAUCAAAUCCUUGUAAUUUUCAAUCAAAUCUCAAGGUAAGAGUGAUUGAUGGAUGCUAGUGGUGCGUUAAAACAAAAUUACACUAAUUCUAGACUUCUUGUAGGUGACUACGUGUAAUUACAGAGUAUUGCCGGUACCAGUGGCUGUGAGGGGCGGUAAUGCGGUAAGACACCAGAUCCACAGGCUAGGACCUACCAACAGAUUCUGCGGGAAAAGGAGCUGGCAAUGCAAGAGAAAGGCCUGAAGGAUCAGAUGCGAGAAAAGGCCAAAGCAGGUGAACUGAAGGCAGUGAACGGCUCAGCUGCGGCUAAGGUGGCGGAAAAGAAGAAGCGUCGAUGGGACCAGCCGGCGGUUGCCGAGGAGCCAGCUAAGAAGAAGGCGUCAUCAUGGGACCAGGCAGAAGUCGGGACACCUUCACAUGCCAAGUGGGAUGAGACACCAGGCAAAGCCAAGGGGGCUGCAACUCCAGGUGCCACCCCUGGCGCAAGCACGCGAAUGUGGGAUGCCACACCUGGUCACGCCACCCCAGGGGCAGCAACUCCAGGUCGUGACACGCCUGGUCACCAGGCAACGCCCAGCGCGCGGCGUAACAGGUGGGACGAGACCCCCAGGGCGUCUGAGACCCCAGGGCACACUACCCCAGGGGGCCAUCAGGCGGGUUGGGCGGAGACCCCAAAAACAGACAGAGGAGGGGACUUAAUUGAAGACACCCCCACCCCAGCAACCAGCAAGAGAAGGUCCAGAUGGGAUGAGACCCCUGGCGCAUCCACGCCAAACAUGACCCCCGGUCACAUGACCCCCAACAUGACGCCAGGGGGCACAACUCCGGGUGGAAUGACACCCAGUGGGAUGACUACCCCUGGGCACGGUACGCCAAGUGGAUUCACCCCAGGUGGUAUGACCCCUGGAGGCUUCACUCCCAGCGGCACCACCCCUACUGGAGCCAAGGCCAUGGCCAUGGCAACACCCACCCCUGGUCACCUGAUGUCUAUGACACCUGAGCAGCUGCAGGCCUACACGUGGCAGAGAGAGAUUGAUGAGAGGAACCGGCCACUCAGUGACGAGGAGCUGGACGCCAUGUUUCCUCCUGGAUACAAGGUACUUCAACCACCCACGGGCUACAUCCCUAUACGGACACCUGCCCGCAAGCUGAUCGCCACUCCCACCCCAAUGGCAGGCACACCUCAGGGCUUUAGAAUGCAGACCCCAGACACAAAGACAUCAGUGGUGGACAUGCAGCCUAAAGGUAACCUGCCGAUGAUGAAGCCCGAUGACAUGCAGUACUUUGACAAGCUGCUGCAGGACGUAGAUGAGGAGACACUCACGCCUGAGGAGCAGAAAGAGCGCAAGAUCAUGAAGCUUCUGCUCAAGAUCAAGAAUGGCACGCCCCCCAUGAGAAAGGCUGCCCUGCGUCAGGUGACAGACAAGGCCCGAGAGUUUGGGGCUGGUCCUUUGUUCAACCAGAUCCUGCCCCUGCUCAUGUCGCCCACACUGGAGGACCAGGAACGCCACCUGCUGGUCAAGGUCAUUGACCGCAUCCUCUACAAGCUGGACGACCUCGUGCGUCCUUACGUACACAAGAUCCUGGUGGUGAUCGAGCCACUGUUGAUAGAUGAGGAUUACUAUGCGAGAGUGGAGGGAAGAGAGAUCAUAUCUAACCUGGCUAAGGCUGCUGGUUUAGCCACGAUGAUCUCCACCAUGAGACCAGACAUUGACAACAUGGAUGAGUACGUCCGUAACACCACAGCACGCGCCUUCGCUGUGGUAGCCUCCGCCCUCGGCAUACCUUCACUGCUGCCUUUCUUAAAGGCUGUGUGUAAGAGCAAGAAGUCCUGGCAGGCACGUCACACGGGCAUCAAGAUUGUGCAGCAGAUCUCCAUCCUGAUGGGGUGUGCCAUCCUGCCACACCUCAAGUCACUUGUGGAGAUCAUAGAACAUGGGCUGGUUGAUGAGCAGCAGAAGGUGCGAACCAUCACUGCCCUGGCCCUGGCAGCACUGGCUGAGGCAGCCACACCGUAUGGGAUCGAGUCCUUCGACAGUGUCCUCAAACCCCUGUGGAAGGGUAUCAGGCAACACAGAGGCAAGGGUCUAGCUGCCUUCUUGAAAGCCAUCGGCUACCUGAUCCCGCUGAUGGAUGCAGAGUACGCCAAUUACUACACGAGGGAAGUCAUGCUUAUCCUGAUCCGAGAGUUCCAGUCCCCCGACGAGGAGAUGAAGAAGAUAGUUCUCAAGGUGGUCAAGCAGUGCUGUGCCACAGAUGGUGUGGAGCCUCAGUAUAUCAAGGAGAACAUCCUGCCCCCAUUCUUCAAGCACUUCUGGAAUCAACGCAUGGCUCUUGACAGGAGGAAUUAUCGCCAGUUGGUAGACACGACAGUGGAGAUUGCCAACAAGGUCGGUGCAGCGGAGAUCAUCGGGCGAGUGGUCGAUGACCUGAAAGACGAGGCCGAGCAGUACAGGAAGAUGGUGAUGGAGACGAUAGAGAAGGUGAUGUCCAACCUGGGGGCGGCAGACAUCGACUCCAGGCUGGAGGAGCAGCUCAUAGACGGCAUCCUGUACGCCUUCCAGGAACAGACCACCGAGGAUGUGGUGAUGCUGAAUGGUUUCGGCACAGUUGUAAAUGCCCUGGGAAAGCGAGUGAAGCCGUACCUGCCCCAGAUCUGUGGUACGAUUCUGUGGCGUCUCAACAACAAGUCUGCCAAGGUGCGCCAGCAGGCAGCAGACCUCAUCUCCAGGAUUGCCAUCGUCAUGAAGACCUGCCAGGAGGAGAAGCUGAUGGGUCACCUGGGUGUGGUGCUGUACGAGUACCUGGGAGAAGAGUACCCUGAGGUGCUGGGUUCCAUCCUGGGCGCCCUCAAGGCCAUCGUCAAUGUGAUCGGCAUGACCAAGAUGACACCACCCAUCAAGGACCUGCUGCCUAGGCUCACACCCAUUCUGAAGAACAGACAUGAAAAAGUACAGGAAAACUGCAUAGAUCUGGUUGGUCGUAUUGCUGACAGGGGUGCAGAGUUUGUGUCAGCAAGAGAGUGGAUGAGGAUCUGCUUUGAGCUCCUGGAACUACUCAAGGCUCACAAGAAGGCCAUCAGGAGAGCCACUGUGAACACCUUCGGCUACAUAGCCAAGGCCAUUGGACCCCAUGAUGUGCUGGCAACACUUCUCAACAACCUGAAGGUUCAGGAACGUCAGAAUAGAGUCUGCACCACAGUUGCCAUAGCAAUCGUUGCCGAGACCUGUUCGCCGUUCACGGUACUUCCUGCCUUGAUGAACGAGUAUCGGGUGCCGGAAUUGAACGUCCAGAACGGAGUCUUAAAGUCCCUGUCCUUUAUGUUUGAGUACAUUGGGGAGAUGGGAAAAGAUUAUAUUUACGCAGUUACACCAUUAUUUGAGGAUGCCCUAAUGGAUAGAGACCUGGUACACCGGCAGACCUCCAUGUCUGCCAUCCAGCACAUGGCCCUGGGUGUGUACGGGUUUGGCUGUGAGGAUGCACUCACUCAUCUGAUGAACUACGUGUGGCCCAAUGUGUUUGAGACCUCGCCCCACGUUGUCCAGGCCUUUAUGGGGGCCAUUGAGGGCAUGAGAGUAGGGGUCGGGCCAUCCAAAGUUCUCCAGUAUGCGUUACAGGGCCUGUUUCAUCCGGCACGCAAAGUACGAGAUGUCUACUGGAAGGUGUACAACACAGUGUAUAUCGGUGCCCAGGACGGCAUGAUACCCGCCUUCCCUCGGGUUCCCAACGAUGCUAAAAAUAACUACUUGAGAUAUGAGCUGGACUAUGUCCUUUAGAGGCUUGGGAUAUGCAAGUGUUGUGCGUGUGAAUGUGUACAUUUUAUCAGUGGAUUUACCAGUGUUUCAAACUGUAUAAAUAUUUAAUUGAUUCAUCUGAUCUUCAGAUUUAUGUGUAGGUUUGUACAAAAUAUAUGGUUCUUUGCCAUAAUUUAAGUGUGUCAUGAAGGGGGGGGUAUGAAAAUGUCAAAUGAUUGAAACUUAACUCUUGACAACAAGAAUAAGCAUCAAUUUGGAUAUUUUUACGUCAUAAUAGGAUGUGCUGUAACAUGUUAAUAAAUAAACCUAUCAUGGCAUAUAAUUAAUUUUCACUCUUCAGUCGACUUGAAAAUGAAUCAUACUGCAUUGAAAUAUUCACAGUUAAAUAAAUCUUCCCCUUUUUAUUGAUUUAUCAUUAAUGCUAUGUGUUGAUCCAUAAAAUAUAAAUAUGUGCAUUACUUCAAGUUUAAUUGUCCCCUACUGGUGAAACCGGAGAGGACUUAUGGUUUGCGCUCAGUGUGUCAGUCUGUCCAUCACACUUGUCUGGAUCCUGCUAUAACUUAAAAAGUUCUUCAUAUUUUCCAUGAAAUUUAAACAUGGACAGAUUGCAAUAUGGAGAUUAUGUACGUCAAUUCAUUUUUUUCCUACGUCAAAAAUUGUGGUUGCUAUGGCAACAAUAACAAAAAAAAACUGACCUGACAAGGGUGGAGUUUCACCGGUAGGGGACAAUAUUGCUUGGCAAUCUCUUGUUUUAUUAUAGGUCAUUGUAGCCCAUAAAUGAUAUGAAAUUCAUGUUCAUCAUUACUUAUCCUAAUUAAGAGCUGCUAUAUUUCAUACAGGUUAUCUGUGAAAACAACGUUGUAGUAUAUCUUGAUUUAUUGUACAUGUAGAUAGUUAAGUAAUUCAUUUCAUUGUAUUUCAUCUUGACAAAAUGUUUGCACAUUUCGGUAAUUGAGUUACUCAUUUUUCAUUGAUCAUCAUGUUUCUCAGUCAUGUGGCUUUAAUAACUGAUAAUUAAUUUGAAUAUUACUUUAUUAUACGUUGUUAAAAAUCUUAUUGUUUGAUCUAUCAGCUCUUGGUAUUUUCUCUUUUUAUUUUUCUUUCUUAAAUGUAUUUGGAUUGUAAAACAGAGGGAAAAACACCAUUAAGGUUAGUUAAAGAAAGUUACAUAAGGAUAAUGUAUAUCAUUUCAUUUUAACCUGAAAUUGUGAAAUGGUAAACAUUGACUCUGUUAUGAAUUGUUAAAAUCAUGUCUGUAAGGGUUACUGUUUUCCUUUCUGUCAAGUGCAAAUAACACUUCUUUGCUUGUUUUAAUUCCAGCAUAGGAGAUUUCAUUUAAAAAUUGUACAUGACAUGGUGUUUUGUGUAUAUUUUCUCAGAUGUCAGAAUAAAACAGUCCAUUUGAAA